AAGAGCAAAAAUUAUUGAAAUUAAGUGACAGACAAUGGCCGAUAAAAUGGAGGUUGAGGAGACAGAGGACUUUCACGAUCUGGAUUUCAACGACGACGAGGCAUCUGGCAGCGGUUGCGGUGGCCAGUUAAAAGAGGAGCGCUUCGUGGUGAAGAAGUGGGUGGCGCACGCCUUGUGGUCGUGGGACGUGGCCGUGGACAACUGCGCCAUCUGCCGCAACCACAUCAUGAACCUGUGCAUCGAGUGCCAGGCGGAUCCGAACGCGAACCAGGACGAGUGCACCGUGGCCUGGGGCGAAUGCAACCAUGCCUUCCACUACCACUGCAUUGCCCGCUGGCUGAAGUCGCGCCUUGUCUGUCCGCUGGACAACAAGGAGUGGGUCUUCCAGAAGUACGGUCAUUAGAGAGGGAACUGGAUGACAGAUUUGGGUGUUCUGCUUGGUUAAAUUAAAACUAAAUUGGAGCUGA